ACCAAACGGGAGGCUGCCUCAUACAGCUCGGGAGCGUCUGACUAUCCAGAACCACAGUGAUGGGAGGGCACAGCCUGCGGGCGAGCUUGGUCGGUUUGACGGCUCUUCUCUGUAUCUCCGCUAUUCGGGGGAGCAAUAAGUGCAAAGGAGCAUCAACAUGCGCAAAGUGUCUGGAAAUAGAGCCAUACUGUGCCUGGUGUUCACAGGAGGAUUUUGGAGGAAGCAGUGCUUCACGAUGUGACCUGAAGAAGAACUUAAUUCAAAAAGGUUGCAGAGAGAAUGCUACAGAAUUUCCACAAGGCUCUUUCAAAAUUCUUCAGAAUGUACCUCUGAGUGAGAAAGGCUCGAGUGAUAAACCAGAUAAAACUGUGCAAUUCACUCCUCAAAAGAUUGCCCUCAACCUACGCCGAGGGGAAUCCAAGUCGUUCACCGUGUAUGCACGGCAGGUCGAAGACUAUCCUGUUGACAUCUACUACCUGAUGGAUGUCUCUUACUCCCAGAAGGACGAUUUGAAAACCAUCCAGAAACUUGGCACAGAGGUGGCCGCAGAGAUGGCCAAGAAGACCAGCAACCUGCAGCUUGGCUUUGGUGUUUUUGUGGACAAACCCAUGUCACCGUACAUCCAUAUGACAUCAGAGGAGGAAAUCAAAAACCCUUGUCUCAGUCUCGGAAGUACAUGCAUCCCUCUGUUUGGAUUUAAAAAUGUCUUGAAACUCACAGAAGAGGUGAGCAGGUUUAAUGAAGAAGUGACCAAACAGCAGGUUUCACGGAACCGUGACACACCUGAGGGUGGAAUGGAUGCCGUGCUCCAGGUCUCGGUGUGCAAGGAGGAGAUUGGCUGGCGCCAAGAGGCCACCCACAUGCUGGUGUUUGUCACUGACGCCACCUCGCACUUGGCUCUGGAUGCCAGGCUGGCUGGUAUCGUGCAACCCAAUGAUGGGCAGUGCCACAUGGGUCAAAACCAUGAGUACGAGGCCUCAAUGACCCAGGAUUACCCAUCACUUGCUCUGCUGACUGAAAAGCUCACAGAAAAUAACAUCAACCUCAUCUUUGCUGUAACCGAUCAAGUCACCGAAAUAUACCAGAAUUACAGUCGAAUGAUUCCGGGCACCACCGUUGGAACAGUCUUCCGGGAUUCAAGCAAUGUCCUGCAACUCAUUAUUGAUGCUUACAAGCAAAUCCGUUCCCGGGUAGAAUUGGAAGUUCUGAAUGUGCCGAAAGAGCUAUCGGUGUCCUUCGAUGCUUACUGUGGGAGUGACAAGUUUAUUCCAGGACAGGGGUUUUGCUCAGGGCUUAAAAUUGGAGACACAGUGAAUUUUACAGUGAAAGUAGAGGCUACAGAGUGUCCAAAAGAUGAGAAGAUGAAGACAUUUACACUGAAACCAGUUUCGUUCAAGGAUGCUUUGGAAGUCACUGUCAAUUUCAGUUGUAGCUGCGACUGUGAGAGUGAAGCAGUGGAGAACAGCACAGUGUGCAACAAUGGCAAUGGGACCUACGAGUGCGGAAUGUGCAAAUGCCACCCAGGCCACCUUGGGCCAUUCUGUGAGUGCAAGGAAGGGGAUGGCUCAGUAAUCACACAGGAAACUUGCUCCCCAAAGAAAGGUGACCCCAUUUGCAAUAACCGUGGGGAGUGCAUUUGUGGACAGUGCGUGUGCCACAGCAGUGACUUUGGGAUCAUAUAUGGAGAGUUCUGCGAAUGUGAUGACUUUUCCUGCGGACGCCACAAGGGAAAGCUGUGCUCAGGGAAUGGCCGGUGUCAGUGUGGAGAGUGCAGCUGCUUCCCCGGCUGGACCGACAGUUACUGCAACUGCAGCACCAACACGGACGCCUGCCUGCCCCCGGUAGGCCCUAUGUGUCACGCUCGGGGCUACUGCAAGUGUGGGAAGUGCAUAUGUACAGGACUGGCAUACGGUGAUCUGUGUGAGAAAUGCCCGACCUGUCCUGAUGCCUGCGAAUCCAAAAAACUCUGUGUUGAAUGCAAGGUUUUUGAUAAAGGGGAGCUGAAGGAGGAGGGCAAGUGUGAGGAGGUGUGCCAAGAUGAGAUCCGAACUGUGGAGACACUGGAUAUCAAAGACGAGGAUGCUAUCACCUGUAGUUACAAGGAUGAGGAAGGCUGCAUUGUUCAUUUUGUUUAUCACGAAGAAAUAAAUGGAAAAUCCAUCCUGUCAGUUAUUAAAGAACCAGAAUGCCCUCCCCCAUUGAACCUGCCAGUCAUUAUCCUGCCUUUGAUGGCUGCCAUCCUCCUCCUGGGCCUGGUUGCAUUGCUGAUUUGGAAGAUGCUGGUCACCGUCCAUGACCGGAAGGAGUUUGCAAAGUUUGAGGCAGAACGGGCCAGAGCAAGAUGGAACGUGGACAACAACCCACUGUAUAAAGGGCCGACAUCAACCUUCACAAACUUCACCUACAGUGGCAAGAUGGAUUGAGGGGAGCCUCAGCGAGAGAGGACACCGGACAGCUGCAACUGGGCUGCGCUGAGCACAAAACCAGGGGCUUGGGAAUUUCUUUCUUUCAAUGUGAUGGCAUUCCUUCACUAUCCUGUGACAUAGCAACAAGUUCACCUGUAAAACCUACCUAUCCCUGCACUGUAACUAUACUGAGCCUGGUCUCCUUUGCCAGGAGGUGUUGGAGCCUUUGGAACCAGUGCCUUAACACUUAACUCAGGACUGGCUGAGCAGUUUGGUGAUACCUUAACAUUGUUUCUGUUAUACAUAAAAGUAAGUCCACUUGAGCAUGCUUUGCUUUACAGAAGGUUAGGCAGGACAAAGGGAAGCAUCUUCCAUGGGCAGGAGGGUGGCAGCUAAUAAUUGGUUUCUAAAAAUGUCACAUAUACUGAGAUACAGUGAAAAGCUUUAGUUUAUCUACCGUCCAUACAGAUUAUUCCAUACAUUUAAGAUCAUUGAUAAAAGAUUCAGAAGAGAUUAAGAAUUAAUUUUACAAGCAGGUGGUGGAGGCAGAUUCAAUAAUAACUUUCAAUGCAUAAUUUUAUAUGGGUAUACUUGAUGAAGAAAAUUUUGCUGGGCUUUAAGGAAAGAGCAGUGUUACGGGGUCAAUCCGAUUACUCUUUCAAAGGGAAUAGCACAGAUAUAAUGGGUUGGAUGGCCUUUGUGGCAGCGAAAUCCCUUAGAGAGCAGAGCCUCCCUAACCCGCUCAUUGCCCAGUGUUGACUUUGACAGACCUAACGGCAUUUCUCAUUUGGGCUUCAGAGGUGCCAGGAGAGAGGAGAGGAACAAGAUUUGUCCCCAUUCCUAGCUGCUGCUGGAUGUGGGAGUGUCUGGGGACAGAAUAUCCUGAGUACUCUAUUGAGCUGUAGAAUACUGCCUCUCGGGGAAGUGGAUGGUCAGUUCAUUGUUGGAUCGUCUGAAGGAGGAUUCUUAAGCCUGUGGAGCCUGAUCUCCCCAAGAGGGUGCCAAUUUUAGGAACCGAAGGGAGGAAGUGAUGGAUCCUUAUAGGCUCUGGAAGAUAGAAUCAUUUCCAAUUUCCAGAUUUCUCCCAUAUUGACCAAAUUGUGCAGAUACAUUGAGAACUCCACACUCGAACAUUGUGGUACCACAACUUCUUUCCCAUUUAAUUAAAUCUCUUGUAAUUUUUUUUCCAAACACUGGAGUGCAUUGUUUCUCGACACAGCAUGUGACUGGCAGAUGAAUGCUGCCCCAUUCACAUCCUCCUGUUAGAGGCUUAAGAGCAGGGGGCACUGCCUCUGUGCUGGGGUCAGGCCACUGCGGUUGGUACCCCCUCCCUCGGCCAAUCAGGUAAGGAGGGGGGUGGUGGGAGAAGAGAAUGCCAAAGUCUGGUGACAUUCCAUUGUAAAAUCCGAUUGUAUUUCUUUAUUUUCCUGUAAAUGCCUGCAAGAAAAUGAAUCUCAAGGUGGUAUAAUGUGACAUAUACAGACUUUGAUAAUAAAUUUACCUUGACUUUGACUUUU